GCGAGGCAGGCCAGGGAGGGGCGAGGACCUGGUAUAUGAAGCCUUGUGAUCAGGCUCCGGCAGCCGCAGGACCCAGCGCGCCCCAGCCCCUGCGCCAUGAAGCUCGUUGCCGCUCUCCUGGGGCUCUGUGUCGCCCUUUCCUGCAGCUCCGCUGCUGCUUUCUUAGUGGGCUCGGCCAAGCAGGUGGCCCAGCCUGUCGCCGCGCUGGAGUCGGCGGAGGAGGCCGCGGCCGGGACCCUGGCCAAUCCGCUCGGCACCCUCAACCCGCUGAAGCUCCUGCUGACCGCCAUGGGCAUCCCCGUGAACCGUCUCAUAGAGGGCUCCCAGAAGUGUGUGGCUGAGCUGGGCCCCGAAGCCAUGGGGGCCGUAAGCGCCCUGAAGGCCUUGCUGGGGGCCCUGACAAUGUUUGGCUGAGCCGAGACUGGAGUAGCCUCACCUGAGGAUAAGAGGCUGCCCACCCUCGAAGGCUGAAAACCCCCACCGCGGGGCGGACAGUCCAUUCCCUUCCCCUGCAUCUCUCAAUAAACGUGGUUAAGAGCAA